AUGCAAGUUGGAACAGCAGAAAAUUAUAGUGCUUGGAAAGUCUUUCAGGCAUUCUCAUCGCUUGCUCGACAGGAGCCUACACUUAUGAAUGAUCGUGUUGUUAAGAAUUUGGCAAAAUCUCGAAAUACUAGUGCUGCGAUGAUCUUACUAUCAUUCGCUGUGAGCCAAGGUGUUGGAAUUGUUCCCAAAUCUACUAUUCCUGACGAAAUCAAGCAGAAUAUAGAGGUGGUGAACUAUAAACUGAGCAAAGAAGAAAUCGAGUCAUUGCAUAAGCUGAAUCGUGAUCAAAACUAUAUUCCUAAUUGUUACGGAUGGCGUGUGCUAUAA